UCAGCAACCAGACUCAACAUCUGGACAUCACUCACCUCUGUCACACAUGUGCAGCACCCUUAGGAGUGAUAGUGGGGGUGUGUGUCGGUGCCCUUCUGUUGGUAGCUGGGGCGGCUGCUGUUUGUUUCUUCAUGUACUUUAAAAAAGCAAAAGAAAGGGGGCAAGCUCCUGAGCCACAAGCUAUUCCACUAAACAACGGUCCAGAAGUUGAAGAAGGUCAUAACCGAAAUAAUGCAGGUCUGGAAAUGCCUGUUCAGGAGAGAGAUUUACCAGACAGUCAGGAAGAGCGUCAUGCACUUAUUGAUGGUCCAGCUCUUGGAGACGAAGUUGAUAACCCAAAUAAUGGUCUGGAAAUGGCUGUUCAGGAGAGAGAUUCACCAGACAGUCAGGAAGAGCGUCAUCCACUUAUUGAUGAUGAUAGGAAGGAUCAAAUGAAGAAAAUAAAAGUGAAGCAGGGAGAAACUAUCACUCUAAAAUCUGGUGUUACUGACAUACAGAGAGAUGAUCUGCUUCGGUGGAAAUAUGCUGAUUACAGAGUGUCUGAUUCCACAACCUUAUUUACUGUCAUAGCUGUAUGCAAUAAAAGGAAAAAUAGAUUCAUAACAAAGGAUGGUCCUGGUGGAAAAUUCAAAGACAGACUGACGCUGGACCAUCAGACUGGAAAUCUCACUAUCAAGAACAUGAGAGUCAAAGACUCUGGGCAUUUUAAACUUGUGAUCUCCAGCAACACAAAUCCUCUUACGAAAACCAUCAAAGUCAAUGUCCAUGCUGCCGCACAAAAGGGUAUGGAUGAUCCAAAUGAGAUGAAUUUGUCCUUGAUACCAGAAGAGGACCCGAACAACACCAGUACAUAUACUGUAGAGCCGACGGACCCUUUAUCCAAUGAGGAUGAGGAGUCUGGUGGGGAACGGUGACACAAUUUCACAUGACAGUGCCAGUAUGGCAGAUGUAUUCUAUAUGGAUUGUAUUCAUAAUACAUGCAUACUCAUUUUUUAAUAGUUAAGAAGAGAUUCAUCAAGUGCAGUGCCCAUGUAAAGGGCGAUGUUCUUGUGACCUUGCGCAACGUUCCCUAAAAGUUCUGUAAAGGUGACCAAAAAUCCAAAACCUUUACAGAACAUUAGCGUCGUUCCUAAAACAUAACUUAAGAACUUAAGAACUUUAAAAACUUUACAAAGAGGACAUUUGGGACGUUAACAGAAUGUUGCCACAUGGUCCUCUGUUGGUUAUUUAAUAACGUUCCCGAUAUGAGUUUAGGGGGACGUUCUAUUUUGGUUAUUUUAUGGUCGCGCAAGAACAUUACAAAGAGGACAUUUGGAAAGUUAAGAGAACGUCCUGUAGUAAUAGUCCCCUAAACAUUCCCAGAACGUCCUGAAUGUUCCACAUCGUGACCGUCUCUGAACGUACUGGGAACGUUACUCAGCAACACCAAUGGGGACGUUCUGAGAAUGAUAUAGGAACAUAAAAUUUCUAGCAGGAUACUUAUUGUGACAAUAUGCAAAAACACGUUAUGUGUUGAUGAGCGAACCCUGACAGCAAUAUAGUGUCGGCCCACAUCUGGUCCGCAUGUAAUCCGCAUGUAUCAAAUGUGGACCGGAUCUGGGCCACAUGUUGCUGUCUGGGAAAGGUUUUUUCAUUUCAUUUGGUACUAGGACAACAUACUUCUAAACUGACAGAAUAUUUUGCUAAAUAUAAUGCUAAAGUAUCAUUUCAAUACACAAAAAAUAUGCUAAUCUCAAAAUGACUCAAAAUGCCAGUGUCAAUUAUGAACCUCGUAUUGUACAUAAACAGCAACAGGUUUAUUUGUAUCUUAUAUAAUAGACUGAAUGUGACAUAUAGCCAUUAAUGUUUGUGUAAAUAUUUGGGAGCAUGUUGAGUUUUUAAUAUUCAGUCCAGUGUUUAUUUACAUACUGUGAUAUUUGAGAAGCUCUUUUUAAAUUCACUGUGAAAACACUCCAUACUAUGAAAUAUUAACUAAUUUUUUUCGACUAAUACAAACUGUCUCAUCUAAAAAUUUAUGUUUUUAAAAAUUAACAUAACUGCUUCAAAAUUAGCAUUUUCAGUAUGGGUGUGUAUAAUUUAAAUUUUAGCACAAAACGUCAAAGUAUCAAGUUAUGUUUACCGCAGGUUUUAUUUUACUCAUAAAUUUAAAAAGCGCAUUAUAAAACCCCUAUAAUCUUGGCGGGAACUAGAAACCAUCCCUGUACCUCUCUAUAGAAACUUGGAGUUAAUUUGUGGACUUACACUCUUCAGUUUUAAAUAUGUCUAAGAGUUACAGGGCCUUGUUUAGUCAGUAAACACAUUUAAAAUGAAUUUUGCAGUUGUAUUGCACUUUAGCCUGUACAUGUUUAAUUUGUAUGAAAAUGUUAUAAAUGCAUAUUGUAAUGAAAUAAAGGCUAAUAUGCAUAUUCA